AUGGAGUAUGGCUUAUGGUACCCUAAGAUUGAAAGUUUCACACUCACAACAUUCUCAGAUGCUGAUUGGGCAGGUAGUGUGGAUGAUAGGAAGAGCACUAGUGGUAGUGCAUUCUUUUUGAGGCAGAGUCUAGUGGCAUGGCAUAGCAAGAAACAAGAAUCUAUUUCUUUAUCUACAGCAGAGGCUGAAUACAUUGCAUCUGCAGCUAGUUGUACACAGGUGAUUUGGAUGCAGAGACAAGUAACGGACUUUGAAAUUCACAAUGAUGAAUCGGUGUCUAUUAAGUAUGAUGAUAUGAGUGCCAUUAAUAUUUCAAAGAAUCCAGUGCAACAUUCGAGGACAAAGCAUAUUGACAUCUGA